AUGGAAGGUGAUGUUGAUUCUCAGCUGCAGUGGAAUACACUAUUGGCUGACGGUGAUGCUGCUGCACUUAUUGCUGUAUUUCGAGAGGCUGUGGAGGCUGUAGAUACACUAGAGAGUCGCAGUUUAAAGUAUUCUAUAUCAAAAUUUUUGGAAUCUUGUUUAUUCACAUCCGCUUUAGAUGUUGAUUUACCAAAACUAUGCUCCACUUCCUCAGCGGAGUAUAUAGAAAAUGUUUUACAGGAAACGAGCGUUCGCCCACUCGACCCGCGUGAAGUUCUUUCUGAGUUGCUUUCUAUUGUAAAGUUUGGCAGUGGAAAAGUUAUCACUGUUUAUUUUAGACUUCUUCGUGCAGCUCUACGACAGAUUUUAUUAGAUACGAUACGUCGUCGAAAAAAUAAUGGUACUGUUGAGGAACAAUUGUUAAAGACGCAGAUGACUAUGCGUGCUUGGUAUGUGAGUGUGAGUGCUCAUAUCUCAGAUAUUAUUUGUACUCUUUCUCAACGAGAUGCACUCCCACAGACGGUAAAAAAGGUAAAUAAGAUUCAGGAAUGUGACUCUAGUAGUGAAGAUAAUGAUGAUGAAUAUAAUGAUUUAAAUUUUUCUGUACCAUCUAUUAACGCUGAUACGCUCGAGGCGUUGCUUGAUCUUUUACUAGACCUUAUGACUAUGACGAGAGAUACGAAAAGAACAACUCAGCUACUUUUAAUGGUAAAGGCAGUAACCAUUUCGGCUCAGCCUUAUCACAAGAAUAAUAAUGAUGAUGAUGAUAACGAUAACAAUCAGUUAACACAAAAUGUAUUGAUUCUUCUCUCUCAAUGGUCAAGAUCUUUCUAUCAUGUGAAUAAUCCUCAAACGAAAGAGUCAGUGUCUUCUUCUAUCCUAGAAUGUUCAUCUCCUGGGGUAUCACAAAAUGAUUUUAUGAAAAUAGGAGAAUCUGUAACAGAGGCACUGUUACGCAUUCUUCCUCGGGGAGAAAUUUUCUCUCUUCUUCUGGAUACUUUAGAGAAUGAAUUUCGUAGGGAAACGAUGGAUAUUAUUACAUAUAAUGACAAUGAACGUGGUAAGAGUGUUAGUGACACCAAGGUACUAGCCUCGUUGCAUGACUUCAAAGACGAGAAAGAAAUAAUUCAAGUUCUCUCUGAUAGUGAUUCGAAUUUUGAUCAUGAUGAUAUUAUCUCAGAUUAUCUGUCUUUGCGAAAAGUUGGUGCUAUGAUGAUAUUUCUCGAUUUAAUCAUAGGUGAAAACUCUUCCUCUUGCUCAUUGUUUUCUAACUCUCCAACGACUCUCUUCUUUAUCUCUGGUCCUUUAUGCCUGGAGAGUCUAAAGAGUUCUUCACUAUGCACUGUUAUGUCUGGAUUAACUUUUUUGUUUGUCUUACUUUCUCAUAUUGAUGCGUAUAGUAUAUUUGCUAAUGGUGAAGUAAACAUGGAAUCUUCGAAAAUAUGUGAUUUAAUUGAAAAGAGUACAACAUUUCCUUCCUUUAAUUUUCGUACCAGAAAGUUUGAACUUAUUUUUGAAUUGGUUAAAAUGCUGAUAAGUAUUGCAACAACAUGCCCCAGCAAAAAACAUCGUUGGAUAUCUCGUAAUAUUUUUACUAUUAUGAUUCAACGAUGUGCUGCUAAUUUACGUAUGUUGUUAUAUUCUUCGUUUCUCGUUGUUACACCAUUUGCGUCUAUUUGCUCGUUAAUGUUGCAUUCUUUGCGUGAUGAGUGGUCCAGUAGUCAAUCUUUGCGUAAUCAGUCAGAAUAUCUCUUCCUCAGAGACAUGCUUCCUCGCUGUCUCAUUCAAGCACAGGAAAACUGGGUAAAGAAGUUGCAAUUUGGUGAAAAAUCCUUUAUAGAUCCAUUGAUUCAAUCACUUAAUUUUGUGCGUUCUAUCAUUGCUGAGGAUUGUCGAAAAGGUAGUAGGAGCACUUUGUUUCAAUUUGACACCAGUGGAAGUAAAGUCCUUAUUCGCAAAACCACUGGAGAGGGCACUAAAAGCGGCAACUGCUGGGACGAGUACCUCCGUCAAUUACUAGACAUUGUUGUUGCACCUCUCCGUACUGCUUUGGCGGGCGCAGCUGACGGAGGGGCAGUCUCAAUGACUACAUGUUGCAUGGCGGAACUCUCCCCCCUUGAUGUGUUUGCACUCAAUAUGGCAUUGGAUGGAUUGGAGAAUCAGGUGACGUGUACAGUGUGA